CCGCUUCCGGGUCCUCUGGAGGUUGCGGACAUGUCGCGCUCUGUGCCUUAGCGGACGGACGAGUGGAGUAGCGUGUCCUCCUGUGGAGAAGUACCGGCAUGUCGCGGCAGGACCCCUCGGGCUUCGAGCGUCCCGAGCACCUGCAGCCACCGCCACCGAGCCCUGGUCCCAGAGAACAGGCGUAUGUGUUGACUGAAGAGGAGAAGAAGGUGCUCCUGGAAUGUGACAGGGAGAGCUUGCUCUACAGAGCUGGACCGCUUGCGAUCCUGAGCAUGGUGGUCACCCGUGGAUUAAUCUCCAGAGGGGUCCUCAGCGUGUCUCCGACGUUUGGCUCACUUCCCAAGAUGGCCUUCGCUGGGGUCUGUGGCUACAUGGCAGGAAAGAUUUCCUACAUAAAGACGUGUCAGGAGAAGUUCAGGAACCUGAAAGACUCGCCGCUGGGGGAGGCCCUGCGCCUGGGCAGGGGCCACAGCCCAUACCCUCAGUUCGUCCCUCAGAACCAGCCUGAGUCGGGACCCCAAGACCAGGCUGCCUUUGACCUUGCCUACGAGGAGACCUUCCGGGAAGGGUCUGGUUCCUCCGGUGUCCCUGAGAGCUACUCCAGCUACUCGUACGGCGACAGCUCAUCCUACGACUCCGACUACCGGGGCGUCCCCUUCAGCUCGGCCCUCAGCGAGUCAGCCCCCAGCGGGGCCGCCGACGACGACAGCGGUGCCCUCCGAGCAUUCCCCGUUCCCUCUGAGGACGAGGGGCCCAAGAAGAGAACCCUCAGGUAUGAAGAGCUUCGCAGCCGCAACCGGGAGAACUAUGAAGUGGUCCUGAACCAAAAGGCUGAGGCGGCGGUCAGACCCCACCCUGAGAAGGCAGCCCCGCCCAAGGAGGUCAAGACCAACAUCUAUGGAGAUGCCUGGGAGGAGUGAGAUGGCUGAGAGGUGUGUGUGUGUGUGUGUGUGUGUGUGUGUGAGAG